AUGGGAAGAGUGAAGCUUCAGAUCAAGAGAAUAGAGAAUACAACAAACAGGCAAGUGACUUUCUCUAAAAGGAGAAAUGGAUUAAUCAAGAAGGCCUAUGAGCUUUCUGUUCUUUGCGAUGUUGAUGUUGCUCUCAUCAUGUUUUCUCCAUCUGGAAGAGUUACUCAUUUCUCUGGCUCUAAAAGCAUCGAAGAAAUUCUUGCAAGGUAUGUCAAUGUUCCGGAGCACGAAAGAGGACGAUUGCAUAACAAAGAGUUUUUACUAAAAGCACUAAGUAAGUUGAGAAGCUGUGAUCAUGCUGAUCAAAUUUCAUACCAACCAGCUCCCAGUCCCCAAAGCACUGACUCUCAGCUUGAGGAACUUCAACAAGAAAUCCUCAAACACAGGUCCCAAAUAAUGGAGAUGGAAAAACGACUAAGGAUAUAUGAAGGUGAUCCAUGUGAAAUCACAACGUUGUGUGAAGCCGAGUACCGGGAGCAGAUCCUCCAAGAAAGUUUAAAACGUGUUCACCUGCAAAAGCAAGUUUUGGAGGAUAGAUACAGUUCUCCUGGUCCACCACCACCACAGGUAAACUCUACACACAUACAGGCACAUACAUAUAUGAUAUAUAUAUAUAUAUAUUAUAAUUAG